CCGGUCAAGGUCCUCGGGGUGUGGAUCAGGUGGUCAGGUGAUCUGGGCGUGGCCAGCCAGGUUCCCGGGCCCGGGGCGCGGGACGAUGGCCGGGCCCGCGGCGCUAGGACCCCCGGGCGGCGCCUCCGGGACGGGCGCAGAGGGAAGCGCCUUACAUGGGCCCCUCCGCGGUCACCCUCAGCCCCACGCCCGAAAUAGUCGCGGGCGCCCGCUGGCCCGCCCCGGGGCGGGGCGAUGGCGGCGGCCUGGGACGCCGCGCCGUGGGGCGUCCCCGGGGGCGCCGCGCGUCCCGAGCCCCCUCCCACCCGUUUCCAUCGGGUGCACGGAGCCAACAUCCGCCUGGACCCCUCGGGGACGCGGGCCACGCGCGUGGACAGCUUCGCCCACGGCGUGUGCUUCAGCCGCGAGCCGCUGGCCCCCGGCCAGGUGUUCCUGGUGGAGAUCGAGGAGAAAGAGCCGGGCUGGUGCGGCCACCUGCGCCUCGGGCUGACGGCGCUGGACCCCGCCGGUCUGGCCACCGUGCCCGAGUUUUCCCUGCCCGACCUGGUCAGCCUGGGCCACACCUGGGUCUUCGCCAUCACGCGCCACCAUAACCGGGUGCCCCGGGAGGGCCAGCCCGAGGCCGAGGUGCUGGCCCCCGGCCGCCCCGCCGCCCUCCUGCUGGAGCCCUAUCUGUGCGUGGAGCAGUUCCGACUCCCGCGGGACCGCCUGGUGGGCCGCAGCCGGCCGGGCCGCUACAGCCACCUGCUGGACCAGCUCUACGAGCUGAACGUGCUGCCUCCCACCGCGCGCCGCAGCCGCCUGGGCGUCCUCUUUUGCCCCCACCGGGAUGGGACCGCCGACAUGCACAUCGUCGUCAAUGGCGAGGACAUGGGCCCCAGCGCCCGAGGGCUGCCAGCUUCCCAGCCCCUCUACGCCGUGGUGGACGUGUUUGCUUCCACCAAGAGUGUGCGCCUGGUCCAGCUUGAGUAUGGAUUGCCAUCUCUGCAGACUCUGUGCCGCCUAGUGAUCCAGAGGAACGUAGUACACCGGCUGGCCAUCGAUGGGCUCCACCUCCCUGAAGGACUUAAAGACUUCUGCAAAUAUGAAUGAAAGUCUGCAGCCACCAGAGCAGGGUCUGGCCCCAGAGCUGUGGCUGAUCUGAAGUGGAUAGACUGACUAUCCUGCUGCCUGAAAUAAACACAGCCCAUGCUGACAUUC